AUGUCUCCCAAAGAUAAAAAUGAAAAAAGUAGUCCUACACCUUUGGAAAUUAAUAAUAAUAAUAUAGAAAAUAAUAGUAAUAAUAAUAAUAAUAUUCCGACACCAAAAUUAUUAGUAAAUGAUAUUGUAAUAAAUAUAAAUAGUAAUAGCAAUAAUAAAAGUAAUAAAAAUAGUAAUAAUAAUAAUAGUAUUAAAAAAAAUAAUGAAUAUAUUGAUAGUGAUAGCGAUAGUGAUAUAGAAAUACAAUGUAAAAGUAGUGUUUUAUUUGUUAGUCCAAAGCUGACACCUGUAAAUAAUAAUAGUAGUAGUAGUAGUAAUUUUAGUGAUAAAACUCAACCGUCACCACCAAUACAAAUAACAAGCGAUGAGAGUACAAGUGAUAGCGAUAGUGAAUUCGAAAUGGCUGAAAAUGAAGAAUUAGAACCACCUUGUAUAAUCGAUUAUUCAGACCAGAUGGUUUCAAUUGCUAUACCGGUAUUCUUCACCAUGGUUGUGGUGACAGCGGUUAUUCGUGCAAUUUCAGUGCCCGACAACCAGUCUUCACCACCACCUGCCAAUCGUAUUGAUAUUCCAGCGGGCUUCAAGUAUGAUACAGACCCCAACAUCCAACAAGUCUUCCUCAACACAUUGAUCAAUUCACUCAUCUUUCUUGGUGUAGUGGUACUGAGCACUGUGAUCAUGGUCAUUUUGUACAAAUUUAAAUUCAUGAAAGCAUUGUAUGGGUGGUUAAUGGCUACCUCUAUAUUACUACUUGGUGUAUUUGGUGGAUUUUUGUUUAUAUUGAUUUUAACAUAUGUAAAUAUAGCAUUGGAUUAUCUUACAUUUGUUUUUGUAGUAUGGAAUUUCAGUGCUGGCGGUAUCGUUUGUAUAUUUUGGUUUUGUCCAAAAUACUUGAAUCAAGCAUAUCUAAUUUGCUUAAGUGCAUUUUUAGCUUUGUUUUUGGCAAGAUUCCCAUCUUGGACAACUUGGGCAAUUUUGGUGUUGGUUUCUAUCUAUGAUAUUUUUGCCGUGUUAUGUCCAGGUGGUCCACUACAACAAUUGAUUGAAACUGCAAGAAAAAGAGGUGAGAGUAUACCUGCUCUUAUCUACAAUGCAUCUGUUUUCAUUGGUAUGGCUGAAUCGGAAUCAAUUGAAAUGAAUACAACAACAACAGCAACACAACAACAACUACUACAGAAUAAUACUAAUAAUAGUCAAAAACCAUCACCAUUCCCAACACCUACUAGUAUACCAAUCAAUCUUCCAUCGCAAUCAGAGAUGAUAGAACCAAAGAGUUCUCCAAAUAGCGAGAGUAUGUCUACAGGUGUUUCAACAUCGGAACUCUCUGAAUCAACUGACUCGGUCACACUUGAGAAAGGCAGAGGAAUCAAACUUGGUCUUGGUGAUUUCGUAUUCUACAGUGUCUUGGUUGGAAGAGCUGCCUAUAAAGAAAUCAUUCUUGUUUUCAUUUGUUUCGUAGCUAUUUUAACUGGUUUAUUCAUUACACUGUUAUUGUUGGCUGUUUAUAAAAGAGCAUUGCCUGCAUUGCCUAUCAAAAUGAAAUUUAAUAAACUAUUGUUAGUUUCAAUAUUAUUGAUAGUUCAUUUAUUUCACAAAACAAAUGCAUUUACUAUUACCAGAAUAUCAGAGAGGUUGGGAUAUACCGAUGGUGGCAAUCUAUUCAGAAUAGAAUCACCAGAUUUCCCAGUUCUACUACCAACUUUGAAAGUUAUUAAUGGUAAUAAGGAAGCUGUUUUCGCUUAUAGAGGUCUUGUUGCUACCAAUAUUUAUGAAUGGGUAGUACCUGCAAAACCAAUGGAUUUGACUAUAUUAAAAAAAAGAGGAAGAGAUAAUAAUGAUCAACAAGUAAGGCUUCAUAUAAUAUUAGCUAAUACACCUAAUCCACUUUAUCAAUAUGAUUUUAACUAUGUCACACCUGUAAUCGAUGAUUUCAAACCAAAAAGUAAUUAUCUUCAUCAAGCUGGAACAUCGGUAACAAUCUCUGGUAAUUACUUCAAGUUACACGACUAUGACACGGAUCCAGAGGUUCGAUUCGAUGGUGUUCAGGCUGUUGUUACAUCGGCAAGUGGUUUUAAAAUUAUUUGUGUUGCACCAACUGCUGUCGCUGUUAACGAUUUAGUGCUUAAAGUUAGGCUUGCCACUGGAAAAGAAAUUAAAGCUGAUUUUCUAUUCCAAAACAUCAUGCCAAUUGUCGAUGAUGUUUCACCUAAUAAAGCUGUCAGCCAAGUCAGUAAGAACAUCAAGAUCUACGGUAAGGAAGAUUCAAUCAUACCAGAGGCUGACCAACCCGCCACCACUAUUGCUAUUGGUGGUCAACCGUGUACCAACGUCAGAUUCCUUCAAAAAGGUGUCAUUUCUUGUGAUACACCUCUGCUUACAGUAGCCGCUGGAUUAUCAACACCAUUUGAUAUUACUAUUCAAAUCAGAGCAACAGUAUUUACUCAUGUUCCCAAGUUUAUUGUUUAUACUCCUGUAAUUUCCAACUUUUUACCUAAAUUCAGUUUGGCUGCUGGUGGUACCAGAGUAGUUGUUAGUGGUAGACAUUUAAAUGAUAUCGAUGCCAUAAGAAUAGGUGAUUCUAAUUGUGUUGUGGAUUAUAAUUCUUACAAUAAGGAUGCAAAUACUGAGGUCGAAUCUAUUUCUUGUACAGCAGCUUCCUGUGAUAUGGGAGGGUUAUCCGAAAAAGUCAAUAACUUCAAUGUCAUCGUUGAUGGUCAGAUCUUUAAUGCCGGUUUAAAUCCAACUUUCACUUACUAUGUUCCUGCCAUCAAGUCUAUAGAACCAGAAUCCAUCACCGAAGCCAUCAGAAAAUCAAUUGUAAUCCGUGCAAAUUAUGUUAAUUCAGUUACCAAAGUAACCAUAGGUGGAGUCGAUCACAUACCAAGUUCCGUUUUACAUAAUAAUAUGAUCAUUGUUGAGAUCAAUGCUGCCAGUUAUCAACCUGGAUCCUACGAUGUCACAGUUGUUGCUGAAAAUAUCUUGACCAACAAAUUGAAUUUGGAUAUUGGACCACCUGAUAUUAUUGAUCUCAAUAUCAAGAAAGGAUUCAUCAACUCUUACACUCCAGUGACCUUCCGAGUUCGUAGUUUUCCAGUUGUUCCACUUGAAGAUAUGGACACUGUCAUUGCCUUCAAAAUUGGUACUCAAUUCUGUGAAUAUUUAGAAAGAACAUCCAACACUGAAUAUACAUGCUCCGUCCCACCAAAAGGUAUUGUUUCUACUGACCUCAUUUCAUUAGUUAUCAACGGUGUCGAGAAAAUAACAGGGUUUGGUUUCAGUUAUGCCAUUCCAACAGUUACUGGUCAGACUCAAUCUUCCAACAUUCCAAUGGGUGGAGGUAAUCUUGUUAUAGAUGGACUUGGAUUGAACUUUGUAACCUCUAUCAAAUUUGCCACCUCGGAAAUCAAGAUUUCAAGUUGCGCAGUAAAUGGAGAAGUCAAAAUUACAUGUCCAAUUCCGAGAUUUAAAGUAGGAAACUAUCCAGUUUCUUUGGUUGUCAAUAUCAAUGGCGUUGAUUACUCUUAUUUAACUGGACAGAGUCUUGCCUAUGUCGGUCCAUCCCUUACCUCUGUUAGACCAAGUCAAUCAACAAAGGAACGUGCUCAUGUAAUUACUUUAACCGGUACUGGAUUUGGAACAUCAGCUGCAUUAAUAUCUAUCAAUAUUGGUGCAACUGCAUGUACUAAUAUCGUCAUUAUUAAUAAUAAUGCAAAUGUAUCAUGUAGUAUUGCCAAGUUGGCAUUUGGAACGUAUCCUGUCACUAUCACUGUACAACCCAACGUCCUUUCUGCCGGUGUUGUAUCUUCCGAUACUGUUACUUAUAGUUCGACCAAAUUGUCUUGCUUGGGACCUGCUCUUCCAGACAAAACCAACAAUCCAGUGGACUGGUGGUUUAUUUAUAAGAUCAAAGGAGAACUCGACGAAUAUUUGUAUAUCGACUCUACAAUGGAUAGAUUCCAGAGACACAGAGAUCUUCAGAACCAUGGUGAUACUGCAAGUAUGAUGACUCCAAUGGAAGCUACCUUCAAGGUAUCCUAUGCCAACUACUACUUUAUGUUUUUCAAUGAUCAACCCAAUUCCAGAACUGAUCAAGGAAAGAGAGGAAAAAGUGAUUCUGGAUUCACCAGUAUGAGAAAAAAUAGCGAUGGAAAAUCAGCCCAUGGUCAUUUCAAGACUAUGGUUUUUUUUGACGACCCUGAUCCAGCUACAAACUUAUCUCCUGGUAUUCAUAUUGCUCAUUCAAAUCCAGCAUUUCCAUCAAAUAAAAAUGCAAAUGCCUAUAAUGGUCCGGCUGAUGGAAUCAAAUUCCUCGGUGCAGCAGAUUUCAAUCAACAUUUCUUUUGUUAUGCGUUCGACAAUAUAGAAACUGCGAUGGAAUAUGUGAUAAAAAAUGAUGGCAAUCUUCAAAGUGAAAUUCAUUUGUUUCCAAAUGUAGCUGGAUGGAAUCAAGCUGAAAUGAAUCGAUAUCCAUACUUCUAUGAUUACGUUUCUCACUACCUUAAUUACCCAGCACGUGUACCAGCUGUCAACACUCCACCAAGAAAGACACCAGUGGAUUUCAUUAAGGCUUGUGAUAGCAUUGUUGCAAACAUCGCGGGACAGACACUGGAAAAUAUUGGAAAUAGUUAUUCGGAUAAUAGAUCUCCAUUCAAAGAUCUUUCCUCAGCCCAAUUGAAUCAAAUUUCGCAAUUCGUUGUAUGGAAAGAAAAAAAAAUCGAUGGCAUAGAUAUUUGGUUAGUUGUUGCUGAUACACUCCGAAAGAAAUAUUUUGUUGAAUUUUUCUUUGCAAUGUCAUCUGUUCAAAUGAAAGUUACAGAGAAAAUCUUAAAUGUAGCUUGUUUCGACUUACCUCCCAACUAUGCUAAAUUGGAUGGAUCAACAAUAUUUACUGAUUAUCAUUUCAGUGGAAGAAAGAAAGAACAUGCAAAAAUGGGAUUUCCAGUCUAUCCAACUUUUGGUGCUAAUGCACUUGGACCAAAUGAAAAUUAUUUCUGCGUUGGUGAUAGCAAUAGACAUAAUGGUCAAGGUUAUCGUGGUGGAGGAGUAAUCUGUAUACAAAAUCCAUAUUUAGUUUAUUUCUUUAAUAGAAUGGUUAGACAAUACAAUACCAUGGAUAUAAAUAAUGUAAUAACAGACAAAAUUGACAGUAUUGGUUUAUUCUAUGGAGUUACUCAACCAAUUAAGGUAAAUAGGGGUGCUUGGACAAAGACAUUCGAAGUUGAAGUCAAGGAUUACAUAAAUGGAAACCACUACUCAAAGCUCCCUAAAGAAAUAUAUCCAAUACUUGCUAGUACACGAACCGCUGCUACAGAUGUUAAUGCAAAGUUCAAUGCGCUUAGAACUAGAAAAACCCAUGCCGUUGGUGUCAAUGGUGAAAGAUCAGUUGUUCCAGUUCCACCAACUCUACCAAACGAACCGGAUAUUUUGAACUAUGUUUCCAAUGAUUUGCUAUCGCUCCAUUACAUUGGGUAUGACCAAACAGUCGGAGCCAUUUGUGAUUACGAUGCAGCAGCGACCGAAUGUACCAAAGCCAUUGCCAGAACCACCAUAAUUCCCACUCUACCCAAUUAUGUUAGACCCAUUUUCCCAACUGUUUAUGAACAUGUAUAUGCUGGUGCGCAACCAUUGGUUACCUAUGACCUGACACAGAACGACCAUUUCAAAUUAAUCAAAUUCACCUCUGAAUUUAUUACGAAGCUUCCAAAUGCCAAGAGAAACUUUUAUCAAUUUCAAAUUGCCCCCGUACCAGCUUUGGCCAACCCUCAAUUCCGACCACCAUUUAUCAUUCGACAAGCCGAUGCUGUAUGUGAAGAGGAAGUUGCUUACUUUAUGACACUUCACUAUAUCUAUUAUCAAUCCGGUGCAUUAGAUCCUGCAUUACUCAUAUAUAAGAUUGGUACUGAUGCACCCAAUUGGGCCAAUGGUGUAAUCUUGGCAAUCUCCAAAAAACUCUAUAGUGAAUUACGACCAAGUUUAACACCUGCUGUUUUCAAUGGUUGUAUGAAUAACAUUUUCCCAGAUUUCCCAAAUAUUGAUACUUACAGAGAAAUUAAUUAUGAUAUGGCCAAUCCAAGUAAUGAUAAACUUGUUAGAAGAAGUGCUGGUGCUGCUUGGGAUUGGAUGGAAACUUCAUAUACAAAUGGAUAUGGUGGUAAAAUCGAUAGAGUAAAUAAUGACCAACGUAUUCUUGUUGCUGAUUUAUUGGAGGCGAUGAUCAAGGCCAGACAGAAUGGACGUAUUCUAACAAUGAAGAACCUCCUGCGAUUCAUUAAUAGAAAGUAUAUUCCAGGUGAAAACUUUGAUGCUAUUCUCGUCAAUAACUAUAUCAUUCCAAGACCACUACCCGUUCUAAGACCAUUGCAAAUGUUAUUUAUGAUGAAUCCAUCAUCAUUUUCACAUUCUCAAUCAUUAUUGACUUCAUCAAAUUCAACAAAUCCUCUCGGUCAGAGACCAUUUAUUGUUCAAGAUGAACGAUCUCUACAACCUGGAGUUCAGCAAUUAUUUUCAGUUCCAUCAAGCUCAAUCAAUUCAACUGAUAUUCUAUCACUAACAGCUUAUCAAAUUCAGAAAUUGGAAUUAUCAUUUGAUAAAUGGAUUAAUGUCAACGGACAAAGCCAAGCAAUCCAAACACUUAUUUUGGAUCCAACCAACCAGGUUAACAAUCAACCAAUUUUGUUUAUCGAUGAACUGAAUCGUGAUUUCGAUGGAAAUGCAGUUGAUCUUAAAUAUCAGGAUAUUGGCUCCACUGGAACAAGAGCAACCAUCGCUUCACCAUUAUCGAUUGUUUCGAUUACUUUCUUCCUGGAGAGUAUUAUCAUAAGUAAAUCAAUUAGCAAAUCACAGUUUGGUGAUUUCGAAGUUUAUUAUCUUCCAAAGAAAAGCAACUACAAUGGUGUAAUCUCUUCAGAUCUCAAUGGAAUGAUAAUCUCGACUUUGAACUCACAAUUGUGUGAUAUUCAAAUGAAUAGUGAAUCGAACUUCCUUUCAAAUAACUUUGACACUAUUUGUUCUGGUAUUGGUCCUGUUAUUACAUCAGUAAAUCAAUUAAGUGGAUCAACCAAUGGUGGAUACAUGAUAACUGUCAGUGGAAUUAGAUUCAACUCAACAAUGACCAUUCUCAUUGGUACAAAUGAAUGUGACUCCACUCAAUUCAUUUCAUCGAGUAAAUUGGCUUGUCAAGUACCCAAAGGUGUUGGUAAAAACAAUGAUAUUCUAUUGUCAACUCCUCAAAUGAUAUUCAAUCUUCAGCGUACCAAAUAUUUGUUCAACUACGAUUCACCAAUAAUCACCAGUGUCCAACCAGAUAUUAUCAACAGUUAUGGAAGUGAUUUAAUGACAAUCUACGGAUCAAACUUUGGUGAUGAUGUAACCAAUGUUAAAGUUCUAAUUGAUGAAAGAUUGGAUUGUUCCCCCAUUGUUAGCUUAACAUCAGAUUCAGUGGCUUGUCUAACACCAUCUGCUAUUGGUGAUCAUAGAUCCAUCACAGUUAUUGUCAAAGAUCAAUCAACAAAAUUGAAUCUCAACACAUUGGAAACACAAUCAUUUAGCUUCAGUGGUCCUCAAAUUCUUAGUUUUAUUCCAUCGUCCGGUGACCCAACCGAUCGUAUUAGAAUUCUUGGUGAUGGAUUUGGACAUGAAGAAGAUUCAGACCUACCUCCAAUCUUAUUCAUUGGUGACAAUAUGGUUGAAAUCACCAACUUUACCAACCAAUUUAUUGAGUUCCAAUUGGAAUACGAAAAUACCAAUCAACCGUUAAUUAUUCAAUCCGGAGACCAAUCCAUACAAACAGAAUUCACUUACUAUCCUCCUCUUGUAACAUUUAUCAACAACUCUAUUGUCAGUACAAGUGGUGGAUUAAUUCAACUGGGAGGAUAUGGUCUUAGUCUUGCAUCUAAUGACUUUAACUUCAAAUUAAAUUCUCAAGAUAUCGAUUGUAAUCCAUUCGAUCUCUUCAUUGAAUGUUUUGUUCCACCAGGUAUCGGAUCCAACUACCUUUUAUCUGCCACCCAAUCCAGUGGUGAAUCAAUUGAAUUUGUAGAGAAUUUCACCAUUUCCUAUUCAGCUCCAAAAAUCACAAGUCACAUUCUCCUCGACUCUUCAAUUCAAAUAAUUGGAAGCAAUUUCGUACCGUUGGAAUAUGGCUUAUCAUUCAACACCAGCACGUCAUUUAUUCGAUUGAAUUAUCAAGAUAUUCACUAUGACGAUUGCACAACAUUCGAAUCAAGCAAACUAGCAGUUUGUAAUUCCAAACUCAAUAUGAAUGAACUUCGUUCAUGGUUGAAUGUUUUAUUCUAA